AUGGUGAACCCGGAAGUGGAGGCGCAGAGCCCGGCAGUGAGUGGGACCGGCGGACACGGGGGUGGGGUGGUAGGGACGGGAGACCGAGGCGCUCGCCCAGACCAUCCGAAGGGAGCAGCUGGGCCUGAGCAGGAGCAAUCCGUGCUGGGGGUCCCAAAAAGGGGCAGCUGCAGCUGCAUGGAGACGCAAAGGCUCCCAGUGGAGGUCAUCACCUACAUCCUCAGCUUCUUGCCCAUCGCCGACAGGAAGGAGGCCUCUCUGGUGAAUCACACCUGGUACUUUGCGGCCCAGGACUCCCUGCGGCAGGAGAACAUCCUGUACAACAUCCCAGCCACCUCCACCUCUCUGGCAGCCAUUGAGAGCCUGGCUAGACGGCGCGUGAGCUGCGUCAGCCUGACCAGCCUCGACGGCUCCACCGUUUCCCGUGACGUGAUCCAGGCUGUCUCCUGUCACUUGGGGCCACAUCUGCAGAGCUUGUCUCUGCGUGGGAGCAGCCUGACCGAAACAUCCUUCCUGCACCUCCUCCUUGCCUGCCCUUGCCUCUCCUCGCUGGAUCUGAGUGGCUGCAACAGCCUCUUCAUGUCUGGGACGCUGCUCUCCAAGCCAGAGACCAUUGGCCAAGCCCGAGAAGCGCUGACCAAUCUCCAGGAGCUGAACCUGGCCAGCCUGCGCUACCUGUCAGAUCUCAGUUUCAACCGGCUGACUGGCUGUGCGCCGCGCCUGGCCAGACUCUCGCUGGCUCGCUGCCACCUCACCUUUGAGUUUGACCCCUACCGCGGGUCCAGCAACUACAACUCCACUGCCCUGCUGUCCUUCCGCAACCUCCUGCGGUUCCUGAAGGAGCGGGCCAGCAGCCUCCGGGCCUUGGACUUGAGUGGCACCAGCAUCACCUUGCCAGCGAUGAGGUCCCUGGUGCAAGUGGAGGGGCUGCGCCUGCAGGAACUCGUGCUGCAGAACUGCCAGGACCUCUCCAACGAGGCCGUCAGCCUCCUCUGUACGCACCAGCCCCACCUGACUGCGCUGGACCUCACCGGGUGCUCUGAGCUGUCUGACCGGGCCACCCUUGCUGUGUCAGCAGGGCUGCGAGCCCUGCAGAGCUUGCACCUGGGGAAGCUCCAGAGGCUGACGGACGGGGGUUUCCUGGGCAUUGCUGAGCUCCGGAGCCUGCAGAACCUGGACCUGUCUGAGUGCAGCCUCGUGAGCGGCAGCGAGCUGGUGAAAGUGUGCUCCUCCCCUGAGCUACGGCCUAACCUGGCCUCCCUCAGCUUUGCCUUCUGCUCUCUGCUCAGAGACAGCUCUGUCCUCUCGCUGGCCAGGUCCCUAAGCCCCAGUCUGCGGGUAUUAGAUCUCUCCUCUUGCGUCUCCAUCACCAACGUGAGCAUCCAGGCGAUUUCCUCCCACCUCCCCCGGCUGACUGUCCUGCGACUGGCCUGGUGCAAGGAGCUGACGGACUUGGGUCUCCUGGGUGCAGAGGAGCCCAGAGAGGAGUGUAACCAUCGCAGAGAGAAGGACACAGGGCCCCAGUUCAGCAGGAAUUUUGGUAACAUGGGAUUCUUCCUGCCGCCUCUGCAGAACCUGGAGCAGGAUCCCAAGGCCCUCAGCGACUCCUCCUGGAAGGAGUCCCAGAAGCAGCCCCGAGCCUCCCUGCAGGCACUACAGUAUCUGCAAGAGCUCGACCUCAUGGCCUGCAGCAAGCUGACUGACACCAGCAUCACCAAGGUUAUCCGCUUCCCAGCCCUGAGGCAGCUUUCCCUCAGCUUGCUACCAGAGAUCACUGACGCCAGCCUGGUAGCGGUGGCCAGGGGUUGCCAGAGCCUGGAGCAGCUGUCCAUGAGUCACUGUGGAAAGCUGACUGACAAAGGCUUCAUGGAGGCUGCUGGCUCUCUACGGAGACUCCAGCAUUUCGUCAUCUCUGGCUGCAGCCAGCUCACAUGCCAGACACUGAUGGCCAUCAGCAGGGAGUGCAGACAGCUGAAGAGCCUGGAUGUCUCCAUGUGCCAUGGGAUCAGGAUGGCUGAUAUUGAGCUUUUCCAGGUCCAGCUCCCCCUGCAGACGUGUGUCCAGUCGCGCUUUGUGGGUGGAGCAGACCUUUCCUUCACCCUGUGAGCGGGGCCAAGCGGCAGGCUCAGAUCCCUCCUCACUGGGCAGCUCGGAGAACGUCUGAUGCUGCAGCUCAGGCCCUUCCCCACGGAUGCUCUGCAGCUUCCCACCUCCUGUUCCCUGAGCUCCCAGCUGGGACACACGCCCAUGGCCUCUUGGCCUGGGCUGGGGGUGAGUGAGGUUUCUUUGACACCCUUUGGCCAAAGAGUUCGAGUGUCUAACACUAAGUGCAGCUGGGCCACUGGCAAGUUCUGGGUGUGCAAAGAACCCUUCAGACCCAGGCCAGGCCCUGAGCUUCCUCCCCCAGCCAGGGACAAUCAGGCAUGCCCCCAGACUCCCUUCGGAGGCAGAGCCAUUUGGAGACUGCCUUCCACUAGGGCCCUGGCCCCUCCAGGGGAUCCCAGCUGGUCGCGCAGGGCUGAAACAGUGGCCAUCCUUUGCCCAGCUCUAGGCCCCAAAAAGCCAAGGCACCUGCCCUGGGCCAGGUUCAGCCAGGGGGAGAGGGAGCUAAAGCCCCUUGAAGGGGUUGAGUGCUUCUUUCCGCAGCAGGAUUGGGCAGCGAGAGCUGCUGUUCCAUGCUGCGACUCCUCCAAGCCCCCCUGCCCCGUCUCCCCAGCACAGGACUAAGCCUAGUGGUGCAAAAAGGAUGGUGCGGGGGGGAGGGGGAAAUUCACUGCCUAAGUCCACUCCUUCCAUUUUGGGAGGCAGAGUGGCGUGGGAGAUGUCUCACCGCCCGCUCCUCUCCCCCUCCGGCGGGUGGGGGGGGAGGAGAUAUCUCACCGCCCGCUCGCUCUCCCCCUCCGGCGGGUGGGGGGGGGGAGAUAUCUCACCGCCCGCUCGCUCUCCCCCUCCGGCGGGGGGGGGGGAGGAGAUAUCUCACCGCCCGCUCGCUCUCCCCCUCCGGCGGGUGGGGGGGAGGAGGAGAUAUCUCACCGCCCGCUCGCUCUCCCCCUCCGGCGGGUGGGGGGAGGAGAUAUCUCACUGCCCGCUCGCUCUCCCCCUCCGGCGGGUGGCGGGGGAGAGAGAUGUCUCACUGCCCGCUCUCCUGUGCCAGGACAAAGCUCUGUGCUGCCUGCCCCUGCCGCACCAGCAGGCAAGGCUGCAUCAGCUGCUUCCAGAGCACACGGGUCUGUCUCCCUUCCACUUGUUCCUUACCCCCUGCCACGACCCUCCCAGGAAACCAGCCCCCCUUCAGACUCCUUCAAAGCGACUCGUGGUGCCUUCAUACGGUGAUGUAGACAGUGCUCUAAUAAAAGCCUCUAAU